AUGGCCCCGACUCUCUCUGGGACCUUUCCAGAGGGGCUCCUCCCUCCGCCGGGUCUCCUUCCUUCUCGCGGUCGCCUCACUCUUCCUCCCUGCGCCCCGGGAGAGUCCACUUGUAUCUUAAGGGGCUUCCGCGGAGUCCGCGGCGCUCGCACGGCGCCAGCGCUGGCCGCUAGGGGGCGCCGUCGGGGGCGGCGCGGUGCCGCCGCAGCCGCUCCUCUCCGGGCCCGGCCUCGCCCGCUCCGCUCGCGCCGCCGGAAGUGGGAGGUGCCGCGCGCGGGCCGGCGCUCGACCCCUCCCCCCGAGGCUCGGCCGCCCCCUCCCCCCGCUCCGCCCGCUCAGGUGCGUCCCGUCCCUCCCCCCUUGCCUCCCGGGGGCGCGGCGCGGGAGGUACAGAGCAUGAUGGCGGCGGCGUCUGAGGUAGCUGGUGUGGUGUCCAAUGCCCCCAAUCCUCCAGAAUCCUCUUCUAGUUUAUGUGCUUCCAAAUCAGACGAAGGUCUCCCAGACGGUCUAAGCCCCAAAGACCCUGCACAGAAGCACAAGAACUCACCUCUGUCGAGUGUAAGUAGCCAAACGAUAACCAAGGAGAAUAACAGAAAUGUCCAUUUGGAACACCCAGAGCAGAAUCCUGGUUCAUCAGCAGGUGACACUUCAGCAGCGCACCGGGCGGUUUUAGGAGAAAACUUGCUAGCCACAGCCCUUUGUCUUUCUGGCGGUGGGUCUCAGUCUGAUUUGAAGGACGUGGCCAACACAGCAGGAGAGGAGGGGGACACGUGCCUCCGGGAGAGCCUCCAUCCUGUCACUCGGUCUCUUAAGGCAGGGUGCCAUACAAAGCAGCUUGCCUCCGGGAGUUGUCCUGAAGACAGAUCCCCACAAGCCUCCAUCCUAAAGGAAGGUAGCAGGGACACAGGCUUGGAUUUCCGACCUGUAGUGCCUCCAGCAAAUGGGGUUGAAGGAGUCAGAGUGGAUCAGGAUGAUGAUCAGGAUAGCGCUUCCCUGAAGCUUUCUCAAAACAUUGCUGUACAGACUGACUUUAAGACGGCCGAUUCAGAGGUAAACACAGAUCAAGAUAUUGAAAAGAAUCUGGACAAAAUGAUGACGGAGAGAACCCUGUUGAAGGAACGUUACCAGGAGGUCCUGGACAAGCAGAGGCAAGUGGAGAAUCAGCUCCAAGUGCAGUUAAAACAACUUCAGCAAAGGAGGGAAGAAGAAAUGAAGAAUCACCAGGAGAUAUUGAAGGCUAUCCAGGAUGUAACAAUAAAGCGAGAAGAAACAAAAAAGAAGAUAGAGAAAGAAAAGAAGGAGUUUUUGCAGAAGGAGCAGGAUCUGAAAGCUGAAAUUGAGAAGCUCUGUGAGAAGGGCAGAAGAGAAGUGUGGGAAAUGGAACUAGAUAGACUCAAGAAUCAGGAUGGCGAAAUAAAUCGGAACAUUAUGGAAGAGACCGAACGGGCCUGGAAAGCAGAGAUCUUAUCACUAGAGAGUCGGAAAGAGUUGCUGGUAUUGAAACUAGAAGAAGCAGAAAAAGAAGCAGAACUGCACCUCACUUACCUCAAGUCAACCCCCCCAACACUAGAGACCGUUCGUUCCAAACAGGAGUGGGAGACAAGGCUGAAUGGAGUUCGGAUGAUGAAAAAGAAUGUUCGGGACCAGUUUAAUAGUCAUAUCCAGUUGGUGAGGAACGGAGCCAAGCUGAGCAGCCUUCCUCAGAUCCCGACUCCCACUUUGCCCCCACCCCCAUCAGAGACAGACUUUAUGCUUCAGGUGUUUCAACCCAAUCCUUCUCUGGCUCCUCGGAUGCCCUUCUCCAUUGGGCAGGUCACAGUGCCCAUGGUUAUGCCCAGCGCAGAUCCCCGCUCCUUGUCUUUCCCAAUCCUAAACCCUGCCCUCUCCCAGCCCAGCCAGCCUUCCCCGCCCCUUCCUGGCUCCCAUGGGAGAAAUAGCCCUGGCUUGGGUUCCCUCGUUGGCCCCCAUGGUCCACACAUGCCCCCUGCUGCCUCCAUCCCACCUCCCCCAGGCUUGGGCGGUGUUAAGGCUUCUACUGAAACUCCCCGGCCCCAACCAGUAGACAAACUGGAGAAGAUCCUGGAGAAGCUACUGACUCGCUUCCCACAAUGCAAUAAGGCCCAGAUGACCAACAUCCUUCAGCAAAUCAAGACAGCACGGACCACCAUGGCAGGCCUGACCAUGGAGGAACUGAUCCAGUUGGUAGCUGCACGACUGGCAGAACAUGAGCGGGUGGCAGCCAGUACUCAGCCACUCGGUCGGAUCCGGGCCUUGUUCCCUGCUCCAUUGACCCAAAUCAGUACCCCAAUGUUCUUGCCUUCUGCCCAAGUUUCAUAUCCUGGAAGGUCUUCACACGCUCCAGCCGCCUGUAAGCUGUGUCUCAUGUGCCAGAAACUUGUCCAGCCCAAUGAGCUGCAUCCAAUGGCGUGUUCCCAUGUGCUGCACAAGGAGUGUAUCAAAUUCUGGGCCCAGACCAACACAAAUGACACUUGUCCCUUUUGUCCAACUCUUAAAUGACGGACCUGACUGGGGAGGAAGAAGAGGAGAAACUGAUGUGAACAGGAAGCGCGGGUUCAAGAUUUCUAAAACUCUAUAUUUAUACAGUGACCUAUACUCAUGCCAUGUACAUUUUUAUUAUAUAGGUAAUGUGUGUAUAGAAAGUCUGUAUUCAAAUGUUCGUAAAUGAAAGUAUGUAUAUUAUGCAGAAAUGGUUGCCCCCCCCCACCUUGCAAUUCCUUUGGGGGAUGCAGAUUGUAGGUAAGGUGAUGUUUAGUUUGCCCUUGAAAUUAUGAUAUUCUUGCCUAGGGCUGUUUUCAAGUACAUUAUAAAAACCAUCUAGGAAGCUGCUGUUGCUCUAAGGCCAUCCUGCUUUGAUUUGGCUCAGCCUCUAGUUAAUUUUCUUAAGGCUCAUGUAUGCAGAUUUGAACCCUGGUGCUCACCCGCUGUCCGACCAGAUGCCUUGCUUACUGAAAGCCUCCGGAAGCCUCAGUGUUGUUCUUGCCACUCUACUCCAAAUGGAUAAAAUGAGACUGAUUGAGGAAAAAAAAAAUGUAACCCUAAUAGUUUGAAUUUUCAUUGACUAUUUUACUGUGUUAAUGCUCAUUAUUUGCACAUAGACAUUAGGUUUACAGAAUAUUCUGUUUUACAUCAGCAAAAUUCACAGUCCAAGAAUAACAACGUAAGUGGGUCCCAUUUCACCCCUGCCCCCCGUGAACUUCUGUCCAUCUGACUUCCUGGAUAGUCAUCUCUUUAGAAACUAGCACAGCCCACAGGUCUUUCCUGGGCCAAGCCAUCCCUUGCUGCCACUGCCUUGGCUUCUGAUCAAGCUGACAGAGCAAGCUUGUGAAGCCCUCAUCUCUUCCCCUUCACUUCUGGUCUCUAGUCAGCCAGCCCCCCUCCCCCCUGAAGGUUAAGGCAGUUGGUUCACAACCAAGUUGUUUGGUGACCUUGGGUGAGCUCCAGGCAGGCACUGGGGUGAGGAGAUGUCUGUGCAAAAUUGCUUGCAGAAUGAUCUUGGGAUGUUGGAUUUUAAUUUCUGAAGCAAGAGAAUUACGGGGGACACGUUUCCUGUCCUGGGAAAAAUGGAGGCCAGAGUGAUAUGAAAGGAGGUUGGAUUUCAAGUUUAGAAGUCAUUUUUCUAUAGAUAGCUAUCUAGAACUAGAUCAUUUUUCCACCUUUGCUUAUUGAGCACGUCUGGUUUUUAGGUUUAUAUGCCUGUGAAAGCUGUGAAUCUAUUAGAGCUUUGAAUCUUUUCCUAUCCUUUUAUCUUUACUCCUAUAGGAAAUGGCUUCAGCUUCCUUCUCUUUUGGAACUGAACGAGAAAAAACUAAGUGUUAACUAAAAGAAAUUAACUCCAGGGGAAGGACAUCAUUAUAUUAUCAACAGCUAAAUUUUUCCCAUUCUGGGACCUGGACAUGCUUACUGGCACUAGUAACACCAUCUUGGUAGCAAAGACUUUUCCUUUCGGCUCCAGUUAAAUUCUCUCCCCUCUGUUGUGUUCUUUUCCUUCUUUGUCCUUCGUUCCUGCCUAGCAGUCUCUUGGCCGUAGACCUUCUCUUCUCUUGCCUUACUUGCUCAGGCUUGUUGACUGUCAUCAUUUUAAGGAGCUGGACUUCCCAGGACCUCCUGGCAUCUUGUAGGGUGAUUGAAGUGGCCCAAGUACUCCCCUCUGUAGAGGUCAGGUGACCCACUUUCUUUGGUUAAUGAAACGUUCAUGUCUGCAGGUUGGUAGCUUUCACCAACAGAAGUGUGGCAAAAUGGAAGACCGGUUCCUUUGUUAUUUUCAUUUGGGCGAUUCAUUUUUUAUCUUGUAAUCAAAAAUUUUCUCUCUCAUCACGUUGCAGUGCCCUUUAGUCCACCAGCAAUAUUUUUCAGUAUCCCCUAAAAAUCUAGAAAUUAGAAAUGGGUAUAAAAGCUAUUCUCUUUUCCACAAAUCUUUGAAGCCAAAGGAAUAUAGCGAGAAGAAAGGAGGAAGUGGUGGGGGCAGGGGUGGGGGGCUUACCUGCUUCCUAGUAAAAGCCCCUUGAAAGCCAACUAUAGCAGGAUGACAAAUGUUUUGGGGAGCUGUGUGUGGGAGUUGGGGCCUCAUUGUUGCUCUUUUCUCUGUCUUGUUCAGAAUCAAUCAGAAAGCAACAUUUAAGUUUUGGUCAUCCUCGUUCUCCCUUUUCCCUCUGCCCACUGGCCUGCAGGGAUAGAGGCCAUGCAGACCAACGGGAAAGGCCUCGAAUACAGUGAGUAGAGAUGGGACAGUCGCUUUUCAGGAGUUGACUUUAAAAAUAGAGCUAUAUAAUACAUAUUUUUUACAAGCAA